AUGCUAGGACAAAUUAAAAAGGGAUGGAAUUCAAAAUUGAGUCUGGCACUUUGGUCUGAUAGAAUAACAGUCAAGAAGUCCACAAGAAAAUCUUCAUUUGAAUUGGUUUAUGGAAAGAAAGCUAGACUUCUGUUGGAUAAUCUUUUGCCUGUCCAUAGAUUUAUGAUACAAGAAGGAAUUGAUGUGGAAGAUCCUUUGCAAGAGAGGCUGAUUCAACUAGUAGAGCUUGAUGAGAUCAAAAUGGAAGCCCAAAAGCAGAAUGUUAAGGCACAUGAUCAAAUGAAAAAGUUAUAUGACAAAAGGGUGACAGAUAGGAAGUUUGAGAUAGAUGAUUGGGUCCUGAUGUGGGAUUCCAUAAACGAGGACAAAGGUAAUUAUGGAAAGUUUGAGGCCCUUUGGCUUGGGCCAUAUGUGAUUAUGGAGAAAGUAGGGGAGAAUGCAUAUUACAUACAGGUGCUACAGGAGACAAUCAGGAACUGCCAGUACAUGGACAGUACCUGA